AUGGUAUCAAAGCAAGCAGGAGUCGACUACACUGAGACCUUUUCACCAGUGGUCAAGAUGACCACCAUCAGGACCUUAAUUAGUAUAGUUGUUAAACAAGGAUGGAAAAUUUACCAACUGGAUGUCAACAAUGCAUUUUUACAUGGGGAUUUGCAUGAGGAGGUUUACAUGGAUGCACCUCAAGGUCUAGCUGUAGCUUCAUCAAGAUUGGUUUGCAAAUUGAAAAAAUCUUUAUAUGGUUUAAAGCAGGCUAGUAGACAAUGGUAUGACAAACUCACAGAGGCACUACAUUCCAGGGGUUUUGAACACUCAGUUGAAGAUUAUUCAUUGUUCUAUAAGAAAUCUGCCAAUUCAUCAGUUUAUGUAGCAGUUUAUGUAGAUGACAUAGUUCUCACAGGGACAAAUCUAGUAGAAAUCAACAAUUUAAAGUCUUUUCUGCAUGACACUUUCAAGAUUAAAGAUCUAGGACAGUUGCAUUACUUUCUUGGUUUUGAGCUACUCUAUAGAGAAGAUGGUGUGCUGAUUUCUCAAAGGAAGUUUACCACAGAACUAUUGAAGGAAUUUGAAUGCCUGUCAUACACUGCAGUGACUGCUCCUUUAGAGUGCAACCUCAAACUUCAAGCAGCUGAAGGUCCUCUCACUGAUCCUACUCAUUAUAGAAAAUUAGUAGGGAAGCUCAAUUUCCUUACUCAUACUAGAAUGGACAUAGCCUACAGUGUCCAACAUCUGAGCCAAUUCAUGCAGGAUCCUAGAGAACCUCAUCUCAAAGCUACAAUACAUGUCCUUAGAUAUCUUAAAAAUGAUCCCAUUUUGGGGAUAUUCAUUUCAAAUGUUCCUGACUUCAAUCUUAGGGCCUAUUGUGAUUCAGAUUGGGCAGCUUGUCCAGAUACAAGAAAAUCAGUUAGUGGGUACAUUGUCAUGCUUGGGGACAGCCCAAUCAGUUGGAAAUCAAAGAAGCAAGCCACAGUCUCUCUUUCCUCUGCUGAGGCAGAAUACAGAUCCAUUCGAAUGGUAGUAGGGGAAUUAAUUUGGCUAAGGAGAAUUUUAAUAGAGUUUAAUGUCCCCUGUGACACUCUUACUCAUGUAUACUGUGAUAGCCAAGCAGCCGUUCACAUAGCAAGGAACCCUGUUUUUCAUGAACGGACAAAGCAUAUCGAAGUGGAUUGCCAUUUUGUAAGGAACAGUCUGCAAGAUGGUUCUAUAACACUGCCAUGUUUCCACUACUGA